CGCGUUUAAUACGCGUUCACAGAUUGAGCUGUCAGAAUGUGGAAAGAGUUCAUAAGAGUCGGAAUAGUCCUGUGCCUGCUCAGCUGGAGCAUGCCAGCUGAGGGCAAGCGAAUGCCAGAGGUUAGCGCCGAGAAGCUACAGCGAUUCUCCCGGCCGGAGUCGGGCUCACGUGUCAUAGGGGGCACGGAUGCCGAGCUGGGACUAGCUCCCUAUCAGAUCUCGCUGCAGAGCAUGUUCGGGGAUCACAUGUGCGGAGGCGUCAUCAUCGGUGAAUAUCACGUACUCACUGCCGCCCAUUGUGUCUAUGGCUAUAAUCCGCCGUACCUGCGCGUUGCGACUGGCACCGUGCACUGGAUGCAGCCCGAUGCCAGCUACUUUGUGGAGGAGUAUUGGGUGCACUGCAACUACAAUUCGCCUGACUAUCACAACGACAUUGCGCUGAUACGGCUAAACGAUUCAAUCAAGUGGAACGAGUACACGAAGCCCGCCUUGUUGCCAGACGCACCGCUGGCAAAUGGCUCCCAGCUGCUGCUCACGGGCUGGGGCUCCACGGAAUACUACCGCGAUGCGGGCGACAGGCUGCAACAGGCAACACUCACGUAUGUGGACUACGCCACCUGCCAGGAGAUAAUGGGCGGCGAUGAGGACAACGGGCCCGGACACAUAUGCACGCUCACGGACGAAGGCAUGGGCGGCUGCCAUGGAGAUUCGGGUGGCCCAGUUGCCUGGGAUGGCAUCGUCUAUGGCAUAGUCAACUGGGGCCAUCCCUGCGCCAUUGGCUAUCCUGACAGCUAUGCGUCGACGUAUUACUAUCGCGAUUGGAUAGCACGCACAAAAGCGGAAUCCUCCUGCAAGGAUUGCCACUGCUAUGCGAGCAAUUAUGGCAUCUGAUUGAAAUAAAACAAAAGCGAAUCGAUUUCCAUUUAAA